AUGGGCUGCUGUGGUUGUGGAAGUUGUGGUGGCUGCGGUGGUGGCUGUGGUGGUGGCUGUGGUGGUGGCUGUGGUGGCUGUGGUGGCUGUGGCAGCUGCGCCACCUGCAGGUGCUACCGGGUGGGCUGCUGCUCCAGCUGCUGCCCUUGCUGCUGCGGCUGCUGUGGGGGCUGUUGCAGCACACCCGUGAUCUGCUGCUGCCGCCGCACCUGUGGCUCAUGUGGCUGCGGCUGUGGGAAGGGCUGUUGCCAGCAGAAGUGCUGCUGCCAGAAGCAGUGCUGCUGCCAGAAGCAAUGCUGCUGCUAG